UUCUCGGCCUCACCACUGCUGCCUGUGCAUUGCAUGCUUGGUUUACUUCGAGUUGCUUGGUGGAGGUGGUCGUCCAUGGAGGCCAAGAGGAGGCGGCGCGGCGUGCUGGACCUGGAGGCGCAGUUCGCCUUCUUCCGGUCGCAGCACCGCCACCCGGUGAACGCCGCCGCGCACGCGCUGCUCGCCGGGCCCAUCCUCUUCACCAACCUCCUCAUCCUCCACUUCCUGCCGCUGCCACUGCCACUCGACCCGGCGCUCGCCCUCGCCCUCGCCUACGCCGCCUCCUACCUCGCCGUGGACCGUCGCGCCGGGGCACUAGCCGGGCUGCUCUUCCUCGGCGCCUGGGCCGCCAGCCGCGCCCUCGCCGCCCGCCUCGGCUUCGCGCUCUCCUGGAAGCUCGUGCUGGCCACGCAGCUCUUCUGCUGGACCUGGCAGUUCCUCGGCCAUGGACUCUUCGAGAAGAGAGGGCCGACGGUGAGAGAACUUCCCGAGGUGUUCCUCAUGGAGCCAUUCCUCAUCCUGCUGCAGAUACUGAACAAACUGUUUGGCUAUGAGCCAUACCCUGGAUUCAGCAAGAACGUGGAUAAGAAGAUGGAGGCCGAUCUCAGUCUCAGGAAGAGCAGAGAACUCAAGCAGAGCAAGAUGAACUGAUCGCAUAUGUUCCGGUGAUUCUACAAAAAUAGCUAGCAAACUGUGCUUACCAUUUGUGCUGUUUGUGCAUGUUAUCUUAGAUAUUGUGCUAUCGAACUUUAUGAACACACGACGAUGUUGCGGUAUUGAA